GGAGAACCAUCACAAAAGGUUGACGUGUUGUCUGCCAUUCUGAGCAAAUGGCGUCGAAUUACUGCGGAUAAACCCUGGGGUGAAGUCCAACGUUUGGUUGCGGAUGAAAUACUGCGACUGGAAUCGGGUCAAAUACCUCCCACUGUCCGAACCUCUCGCGCACCACGUCAUCGAUCAACCAUGACUCCUGGUUCAGGAACAGAACAACCACCGUCAAACGCUAGAGAGUCGGUUCAUCGCAGCGAUGCGCUCUAA